UCACAAACAAUCAUCCAUAUUAAUUAUCCCUAUAAAAGUGAAAAUGAUCUACCAGGUGAAACACAUCUGACAUAUGCAGUUGAGCUCAAUCUUUGGGAUGCUUCUCUUUCUUUACACAAUCCUGCUUUUUUGUCAACUUUGUACAAAAGCAGAAAAGUAUAUAUGCCAAAUGAUAGGAGACCCGAAGUACCCGCUGUUAUCCAAGGAUGGAGACAUAACUAUUGGAGCACUUUUUCCGAUCCGAAGCAUAGAGACAUUACCUUCAUUUGAGUUUACAAAAAAACCUCAGCCUCUAUCAUGCUCUAGUGUUAAUCUAAGAGAUUUCAGAAAGGCUCAGACCAUGAUUUUUGCCAUUGAGGAGAUUAACCAAAGUGAACGUUUGCUUCCAAAUGUUUCUGUUGGCUACAAAAUCUAUGAUACCUGUGGUUCAAGACUGUCUUCUAUGAGUGCAACUAUGACAUUAAUGAAUGGUCAUGAUGUUGCAGCAGGGGACAAAUACACAUGCAAACAGUCUCCUAUACAUGCUAUUAUUGGAGAAACAGAGUCUUCUGCUACAGUGAUUCUAUCCAGAACUACAGGACCUUUUAAAAUUCCAGUGAUAAGUCACUCAGCCACAUGUGAAUGUCUUAGUAAUAGAAAAGAUUACCCUUCUUUCUUCAGGACUAUUGCUAGUGAUUACCACCAGAGCAGAGCUCUUGCAUACAUAGUCAAGCACUUAGGCUGGUCUUGGGUGGGAGCUGUGAACACUGAUAAUGACUAUGGAAACAAUGGCAUGGCCAUAUUUCUGACUACAGCCCAGGAAGAGGGGAUCUGUGUGGAGUAUUCUGUGAAAUUCUACCGAACAGAGCCCGACAAACUCCAGAAAGUGGUAGAGACAAUUAAAAAAGGCACUGCAAAAGUGAUUGUUGCAUUUCUUACCAGUUACGAGAUGUACAACCUACUUGAACAGCUAAGUAUUCAAAACAUUACAGGCCUCCAAAUGAUUGGUGUGGAGGCAUGGAUAACAGCAAAGCGUUUGAUCACUCCAAACUGUUUUCAUGUACUGGGAGGAUCACUGGGGUUUGCAGUCAGAAAAAUUGAUAUUGCAGGUUUUGCAGAUUAUGUUACAAAAGUAUUCUGGGAAACAGCUUUUCCAUGCUCAAAACCUGAUGAAAAUUUGUCUCAAUAUGCAUUAAGUUGCAAAAUAUAUCAGGAUCUGCUUGUGCUAAAAAACUUCAGUGAUGAUGUGCCUGAACAAAGAUAUGCAAGUAAUGUCUACAAUGCAGUUUAUGCUGUGGCUCAUUCAUUACACAGUCUUCUCAAGUGCACAGAAGGUUGUGAAAAAGAUAUGUUAAUACAACCACAGCAGGUAGCUGAGGCUUUAAAAAAAGUAAAUUUCACUGUAAAGAUGGGAGAUCAUGUGUGGUUUGACAGAACUGGUGGCGUCAUAGCCCAAUACGAAGUCAUAAACUGGCAGCAGGACUCUGAUGGAUCAGUCCAGUUUAAACCUGUGGGAUACUAUGAUGGCUCACUACCCCCUGAUAAGCGCUUUUUGCUUAAUUCUGAAAGCAUAAUCUGGGUUGGAGGACAGCUGGAGAAGCCAAGGUCUGUGUGCAGUGAGAGCUGUCCUCCAGGCACUAGAAAGGCUGCACAGAAAGGAAGACCUGUCUGCUGUUAUGACUGUAUCCCAUGUGCAGAAGGAGAAAUCAGUAAUGAGACAGAUUCAAAUAACUGCAAGCAGUGUCCAAUGGAAUAUUGGUCUAAUACUGAGAAAAAUAAAUGUGUGUUAAAGGCUGUAGAAUUUUUGACAUUCACAGAAGUUAUGGGAAUAGCACUAGUUUUUUUCUCACUGUUUGGAGUAGGAUUAACUGUGUUGAUGGCCAUCCUGUUUUACAGCAAGAAGGACACCCCCAUAGUAAAAGCCAACAACUCAGAGCUGAGCUUCCUGCUGCUCUUCUCACUGACUCUGUGUUUCCUCUGUUCACUUACUUUUAUUGGUCGGCCAACUGAGUUGUCCUGUAUGUUGCGUCACACAGCAUUUGGGAUCACUUUUGUUCUCUGUAUCUCCUGUGUUCUGGGAAAAACAAUAGUGGUGUUAAUGGCCUUCAAGGCUACACUUCCAGGAAGUAAUGUCAUGAAAUGGUUUGGGCCUGUACAACAGCGACUUAGUGUUUUUGCCUGUACACUUAUACAGGUUCUUAUCUGUGUGAUGUGGCUAAUAAUAUCUCCUCCAUUUCCUCACAAAAAUAUGAAAUAUUAUCAUGAAAAGAUCAUUCUUGAGUGCAAUCUAGGUUCUACUGCAGGAUUUUCUGCUGUUCUGGGUUAUAUUGGCCUACUGGCUGUCUUAUGCUUUAUUCUGGCUUUUCUGGCUCGCACUUUGCCUGAUAAUUUCAAUGAAGCUAAAUUUAUCACAUUCAGUAUGCUCAUAUUCUGUGCUGUAUGGAUAACAUUUAUACCAGCUUAUGUCAGUUCUCCUGGAAAAUUUACUGUAGCUGUGGAGAUAUUUGCUAUUUUAGCCUCAAGCUUUGGUUUACUAUUUUGCAUAUUUGCACCUAAAUGUUAUAUUAUCCUGUUUAAGCCUGAACAAAACACAAAACAACAUAUGAUGGGAAAGGUUCCAUCCAAGUCUUAUUGA